AUGUCUUUUCAUAGAAAACAUAGCUCAACUACAACAAAAAACGUUCCUAUUAUCUUGUCAAAAUCAUUAAGUCAAGAACAAGUUGAGAAAGAACGUACUUUAAAUAAAGGACAAAAUGUAAAGGGACAAGGAACUAUUGCAGCUUCCAGUCUAACCAAAACACAUGAUGUUCACUUAGCGGACGAUCUAGAAAAUGUCGACUUCCAAAAUGAACAAAAUCCAAUUAUAGAAGAUAUUCCUGUGGAUUGUAACGAUUCUAUUGAUAAUGUUUAUCCAAUACGCCCAGAAUUACCUUUAUUUAGAUCUGUUGAACAUUUGAAGGUUUAUCCUAUGGUUCAAGAAACAAAUAACGCAUUGAAAGGAUUUGCUGUCACAAGAGUAAUCAUAGCAAAUUCAAAAAAAAUGGCCAAAAGAAUCCUAACUUCAAAGCCGGCAAGAUGUAUGGUUCCAGUUGCAAACACAUUGGAUAGUAUUGGUAAUUCAACGUUAAAUAUGACGGAUAAAAUUAUUCCGGCAGCAAUGACAACGUCUUUUAGUGAUAUACACGAACAUUUUAUGGUCCCAGUUAAAAAAGUACAAAAGUUUACCAAGGAUACUAAAUUAAGAUCCGUUAGUCUUAGCAAGAAGUAUGUUUACAAACCAAGUCACGAUAGGUUAAUUGAAUUUAGAAAAUACUAUAACAGAAAAUUGAUUGAUACGAAUAAUAGACCUUUGAUCAGAGGUUCGCUUGACCCUCUUGCUCGCCCAAUAAAUGUUAAGGCGGAAGAUAUGAUCGUGAAAUAUUUACCCAGCGAAACCCCUCUAACCAAUCAUGAGUUUUGUUGCGAAGUUAACAAGAGUGCAUAUUUGAGUACAGCGGUUGUUUCCAGAAGUAUACCCUUGUUGAAAAGAAGAAUAUAUACUUUAAUGAUGGUGCCUUGCUCUUAUUUGGAAUAUGCAAAUAGAAAAUUAAACAAAAAUCUCGACGAAAAGAAGGAUUUAGGUUUCAAGAACACUUAUCAUGCUACAAUGGAUACAUUAAAGGAACUAAAUGGAGAAAUGUUUAAGAAGAUAACAAGAAGGCCAAAAGUUUAG